AUGUUACCCAGUCCACAGAAAAAGAUUAAAAGGAAAGUUGGACCUGGUGUUUCGCAACGUUUUGUACAUUUUGUGACUGCCCAGCCAGUGACAAGAGGACAGGUACCAAGUGGUGCAGCUUCACUGGCCUUUGUCUUUGAUAUCACAGGGUCCAUGUACGAUGACCUGGUGCAAGUUAUUGUUGGUGCUAAAAACAUCCUUGAAAAGACCCAGGAGCGAAGAGAAAAGCCUUUAUAUGACUAUGUCCUAGUACCAUUUCAUGACCCACAGGUUGGCCCAGUACUGGUCACCACCAACCCAGAGUAUUUCAAGGAAACGCUCAAGGACCUCUAUGUCCAAGGUGGUGGUGACUGUCCAGAGAUGUCCAUCACAGCCAUCAGUGAAGCCCUUGAUGUAUCCCUGCCCAACUCCUUCAUCUAUGUCUUUACUGAUGCUAGGGCACGCGACUACAACCUCACUGAUAUUGUACUGGCACAAAUACAAGAAAAACAAUCUCAGGUUGUAUUUGUUUUGACUGGUGACUGUGGGGAUCCUACACAUGAGGGCUACAAAGCUUAUGAGAAGAUUGCCUCUACCAGCUCUGGACAGGUCUUCCUGCUUCGUAAAAACCAAGUCAACCAGGUGCUAAACUUUGUGAAGGUGGCAGUACAAGCUCGCAAGGUUAACUUGAUGUCUGUAGAUGUUCCUGAAUCCUCAUCUCAGAUGUAUGAACUGCCAAUCGAUUCCAAACUACAAGAGAUCACAGUAUCAGUAAGCGGAGAGACUCCAGACAUAGAAAUUCGGGGACCUGAUGAUCGAAAGAUGACAGUGUUUUCUGGCCUAAAUGAAUUACUGGAUCUGAGGAAUGCAAAGGUGCUGAAUGUCAGGGCACCUUCUGCUGGGCAGUGGACACUUUCCAUAAGAAGUAAUAGUGCCCACACUAUACGUGUCACAGGCCUCAGCACAACUGACUUUGUGUCAGGUUUUUCUCGCUUUCCUACAAACGAGCUCUCUGAAACUGACCUGCGACCUCUGGGAGGUGUUCCUACAUUCAUGGUUAUCAAUGCUAGUAAUUUGGAAGCUCCUGGAUAUUUCAACAAACUUGAGCUGAUAGAUCUUCAGGGCAAUGUCCUGAAAAUACAGGACCUAGUACAGGAUCAGGACAGACCAUAUAUUUACACUCUAGCUGAGCCUAUCCUGCCUCCAAAACAAUUCUUCUAUGUCAAAGUGAGCGGAAUAGAUGAUAAAAGGAACCCAAUUCAGCGCUUGACCCCAACUGCCAUCAGUCCUGUUCCUCCCCCUCGUCCUAACGUGUACAUGCCCCAAGUGACACGUGGCUUUUAUGAUGCAACUGCCUAUAUCACAUGUUCAGUACAGAGUCCUAUUCAGUAUAAUGUGCAGUGGAGCAGAGGAAAUGAGCCUAUUGGAAAUCCCCUCUUUUACAGGGAAUCCAGUAAUGUGGUGUUGGAGUUACCGUAUGUGGAUGGGACUUCUGAGGGGAGCUAUACCUGUAAUGCUACUAAUCUUGCUGGUUGGAAUGCAAGCACCACAUACCUUGAUGUCAGUGAGCCACCCCCCGUGAUUUCCCCGAUGAGGAAUAGUUCUGUACUACCAGGAGAAGACGCUGUACUCCAUUGUCUAGUCCAGAGUACUGUCGAGUAUAACAUCAGCUGGUACCAACCCAAUUCUGUUGAGUUUCUCUUCAGCAACAGCAAAUACCAAAUCUACAAUAAUGGAUCACUCUUGAUCAGAAACAUUGGCCUUGAGGAUGAGGGACGAUAUCUGUGUCUAGCUGGUAAUGAGGGUGGAUUUACCGAGGCACUUGUACAUGUUAGAGUACAAGUGCCACCAAAGGCUGUAGUGACUCCUGCUUCUAAGAACUUUAAGACUGGACAGACAGUGAACCUGACCUGUACUGCAGAGGGCUUUCCUGCCCCAAACUUCUACUGGCUCCGGGACAACAAAUUAAUGAUACCCAAUGAGAGGAUUUAUAUUGACGGUCCACAUAUUAGCUUCAUCAAUAUGUUUCUUGGUGACCAAGGAGAGUACCAGUGUUUGGCAGAAAAUCUCGCAGGAGAGGAUAUGGUGACGACCACUCUGAUGUAUAUAGAGACCCCCCAGAUAUACCGAUCAGAUGAGCGGGUGCUGGUUGCCAGUGGUGACAUGGCAGUCUUGGUGUGUGCAGCCAACGGUAUACCCAAUCCCAAAAUCACAUGGUUUAGAGGAGAUGUCCAGUUACGAAAGCUGUCCUAUGUUAACAUCACUGAUGAUGGGGUAUUGAUGAUCCUUGGCACACAGCAACAAGAUGGUGGCCAGUACCGCUGUGUUGCCACCAAUGAAGCGGGAACAGACUCUGCAGAGGUUACACUUGAGGUUGGAUCUGAGCCUCGUAUCACUACGCAGCCUGCUAAUAUUGGAGCAGAUAUUGGAACCAAUGUCACUAUAAAUUGUGAGGCUACAGGACACCCACCACCUAAAAUCUACUGGAGGAAAGAAGAUGGCACUAUAGUUACAAUGAAGGGCCGUUUUACUCAACUCCCAACAGGCUCUCUGUCAAUUACAAAUUUGAAGAUGGGUGACCAGGGACGGUACACAUGUGUGGUUCAGAACGAGUUUGGUAUGAGGGACAUAUCUGCUUAUCUGACUGUCACUGGAAUAGUGCGUCCUGUGAUUGCAUUUACCAAUCCAUUCAUUGAGGUAAUAGAGGGCAGUGAUGUCGAGUUGAACUGUAUGCUGCUGAGAGGAAACCCCAAACCUAUUCUCAACUGGAUCAAGGAUGGUAUGGUGGUACAGCCCUCAGCACGUGUAACCCGACCUUUUAACAACACAGUUCUCAUUGGGGACAUCCAGCAGGACAUGGAAGGAGAUUACCAAUGUGUGGCUAGCAAUGUUGCAGGCAACUCUACAUACACUGUCACUGUCGAUGUCCUUGUCCCACCAACACUGCGUUCAGAUGAUGAAAUGGACACCCAGGACCGAUUUAGUGUAAUAGAGGGAGACUCAAUCAUUCUGCCGUGUAAUGUUGAUGGGGAUCCACCUCCAAGAGUUACAUGGUUCAAAGAUGGCAACGAGAUCCUUCUCACAGACCCAUCUUACUACUUCACAGAGGAUAAUGCUCUAGAGAUAUUUGGGGCAGAAUCAAGUAGUACAGGGACUUACAUGUGUGUAGCAUCUAAUGUAGCAGGGGAAGUGGAAAAAACUGUCACACUCUUUGUGGAGGUACCAGCUAGUAUAGCAGGCCCCCUGAAUGAGAAGUAUGUGGUGGAAGCAGGAGAGACAAUUCUGCUACCUUGUGUGGUCAGUGGUAUACCUGAACCAGAAGUCAACUGGCGGCGUAACUUUAUCCCUUUCUAUGCUGACACUGAGAGGUUCUUAAUCAGUGACCAAGGCUUGACUAUCUCUCCAGCCUUGAUCGUGGAUAAGGCUAUCUAUGAAUGUGUUGCAAGAAAUGAUGCAGGCCCUGCCACCAAAGUCAUCACACUUAUUGUACAGAUUCCUCCUCAGAUAAGUCCAGAGGGUGAUGAUGAGAUUACUGUCCUCAGAAAUGAGGGUAUAACAUUGAACUGUGAGGCUACUGGUAAUCCCAUGCCAGCCAUUCGCUGGACCAAAAAUGGAAUCACUCUGGAUACAUCUGAUGAAAGCCUUUAUCAGAUGAUUGGCAAUGGGUCAUUACGCAUAUUGUCUGCAAAUUUAGUGGAUAGUGGUUCGUAUGUGUGUGUAGUUACCAACACAGCAGGCACACAGACUAGAGAAUUCACUGUCACAGUUAAUGCUCUGCCUACCCUGCCCAGAAACCUUCCAACAAAUACCUCGGCCAUAGAGAACAGUGAUGUGAUCCUUGAAUGUCCAGCCUCAGGCACCCCUUUCCCUGAGAUCACUUGGUACAAGGAUGAUGUGUUACUGUCUCCCAAUGACUUAGGCGUGAAUUUCUUGUCUGAUGGCUCCCUUGAGCUCAGAAGCAUCUCUGCACAGGACUCCGGAGAGUACCGCUGCCUAGCAGUCAAUGUUGCAGGAGAAGUUGAUCAUACAACAAAACUUAAAGUCCUUGUGGCACCCAAAGUGAUUGGUGGUGACCGUGGGGAUAUCCCUAUCCCAGAGAGCCAUACUGUGAGGGCAAAUGAGACACUGACCAUGCAUUGUACUGUGGAGGCAGAUCCGCCCCCAACCAUUGAGUGGCUCAAGAAUGGUGAACAGUUUACUGAAGAGGAACUAUCUCAUGUCCGUAUCUCACUAGAUGGCAAGAAGCUGGUCAUUCCACAGGCUGCUGUUGAAGACACUGCACUCUAUACUUGUGUGGCAACUAAUAUUGCUGGAUCUUCACAGAAAGAAUUUGAUGUUGAUGUCCAUGUGCCUCCAAGGAUUGAUCCAAAUGCUGUGUCCAAUGGUACCCUGUCUAUAACGGUCAAGCAGACCCUGACCAUCAACUGUCCAGUGAACGGUAUCCCUCUUCCACAAAUCAACUGGUUCAAGGAUGGACAAUACAUCUCUCCCCUGCUUGACCCCAAUAUUAAGCUCUAUGCUGGUGGUCGGAGGUUAGAGGUCACCAAUGCUAGGGUCAGAGAUGCCGGACGUUACAAGUGUGUUGGAGAAAACAUUGCAGGAAGCACACAGCAUGAGUUUAAUGUCAAAGUCAAUGUACCGCCCCAGAUAGAGCAUUCAGAUGUUGUUCAAAUUCCGGAGGUUGUGGAGGAUGGAGACCUUCGUCUGAAUUGUCCUGCAUCUGGAAAACCAACACCAAAAAUCACAUGGUUCAAGGAGAACCAGCCUAUCAAGUUCAAUUCCUCUCGUUAUCUGUUACUUGAUGAUGGAUUCACAUUGCAUAUCCUAAAUGCAAAGCAAGAUGAUGCAACAAGAUUUAUCUGUCGAGCAGAAAAUGUAGCUGGUGGAAAUGAAAAAGCCUUUGAUGUGGAUGUGUUAGUACCUGCAAAGAUAUCUGAAGAUGGCCUUGACCCUACACCUGAUGUAGUCCUAAACAGGACACUGGUGUUGAACUGUCCUGCAGAAGGUAACCCAAUACCGGAGAUCACAUGGUACAAAGAUGGCUUUAUACUGGACACCUCACUCAAUCCCCGCUAUGACAUUUUGUCAGGAGGCCGCCAACUGCGCAUUCAGGCUGUUAGGCUGUCUGACACUGCUAUAUAUAGAUGUGAGGCCACCAAUAAAGCUGGAGAGUCUUCUUUUGAGUUCAACACCGACAUAUUUGUUCCAUCAAAGAUUCCUUUUACAAAUAUCAACAUCAACCCUAAGGCUAUCGUGAACAGUUCUUUGACGUUGGAUUGCCCGGCAACAGGAACACCUGCACCAGAAAUCACUUGGUUCAAGGAUGGGAGGGAAAUAUCACCAGAACUUUACCCCAGCAUCCGUAUUAGAAAUAAUGGACGCCAGCUAGAGAUUUUGAAUGCCCAGGUGGCUGACACAGGCACAUACAGAUGUAGGGCAGUGAAUCCAGCGGGUCAGAGCGAACUCGUUCUCAACGUUAACAUACAAGUGCCUGCAAAAAUAAGUACAGAUGUGGAUACAAACCCAAGAGUGGUAAUUGGUGAACCAUUCACAAUCUACUGCCCUGCCAGUGGUACACCAGCACCAAACAUCAGGUGGUUCAAAAAUGGGUCGCCUAUAAUAUUGUCUGAGGAUCGUCAGGACAUACGAGUGACUGCUGGUGGGCGUGAAUUGUACAUACUCUCAGCUGAUGUGGAAGAUGCAGGAUCUUACACAUGUGUGGCCACAAAUGAAGCUGGAGAGGCGGAAGAAACAUUUAACCUUGAAGUAUAUGUUCCACCAAUGAUUGAUGACUCUUACGACUUAAUCACCAAGGUGAUACGAGGUCGAACAACUGUCCUGAACUGUCCAGCCAAUGGUAUCCCCCAGCCAAACAUAGAGUGGCAGAAGAAUGGACGUGUGAUGAUCUUCACAGAUCGAGUAGUGUUACUGGAUGAAGGACGACAGCUGAAGAUAAGCAAUGCAACAGAUAGUGAUCGUGGCAUGUACCGAUGUAUAGCAACAAACCGUGCAGGUCGAGAUGCAGCAGACAUGGAGUUGGUGGUACUGGUUCCCCCAGACAUUGAUGAAUCCAACACUGUGUACACACCACGUGUCGUAGUCAACAGAACUGUUCUGUUGGAAUGUGCUGUCUCAGGAGUGCCCACACCAACAGUCCAGUGGUUCCUCAAUGACCAACCUGUUCGACAGACAGAUAGGAUCAGUCUCCUUGGCAACAACAAACAGCUACAGAUUGAGAGGGCUCAGACUUCUGAUAGUGACACCUAUACUUGUCAAGCUACUAAUGAAGCAGGGCAACUUCGCAAGAAUUUCCAACUCAUGAUUCUAGUACCGCCGCUGCUUGACAAGUCUGUGAACACCAAUUUCACAGUGAAAGAGAAAGGAAACACUGUCAUGGAGUGCCCAGUGAUUGGAGGUAUUCCUGAGCCGUCAGUCUUCUGGCUGAAGGACCGUGUUCCUCUGAAUAACUUCCCUUACCAAAACCUCAAUGUCACCAACCGUAACCGUAGGCUUCAGAUCCGCAAUGCCAAAGUGGUGGAUGCUGUCCAGUAUACUUGUCAAGCACGCAACUCUGCAGGAGAGGACUCCAUGAAUUUUUACCUUAGAGUUUUUGUGAGGCCUUCAAUAACAGAUGAAUCUGAAAGACCAGUCAUCACAGUGUUGGAAGGUGAGCAGAUCACUUUGGAGUGCCCGGUCACUGGUAUUCCUGACCCUGGAGUACAAUGGCAGAAGGACGGACGUGUCAUAGAGCUGGCCCAGAACUCCCACAUCACCAUCAUAGCAGGGGGUCAGGUCCUAAGGAUUCUCAGUGCCAGGGUAGGUGACACAGCCCAAUACAUGUGUCAUGCUGAAAAUGAAGCUGGAUUUGCUGAGAAAUUCUUUCAAGUCAAUAUCAAUGUACGCCCACGAAUCAAUGGUUCCCAGUCUCUACGGGAGAAGUCUGUUGUCUUGGGCAAUGACCUUGCUCUGCAUUGUCCCACACUUGGAAUCCCACCCCCAGAAAUUACAUGGUACUGGCAGGGUGGCCUUGUGGCUCGGGACAGUCGCUUUUUCCAGAUCUUGGACAGGGGAGAGACACUGCUGCUGAAUGAUGCUGAUCGCCCUCAGGAAGGCUUUUAUACAUGUAUUGCCACUAAUUCUGCUGGCUCCACAAGCCUUAACUUUACUGUCACUGUGCUGGUACCCCCAAAGAUCACAGACCUAGUAACGGAGGUGACAGGUGUUGUGGAUACUUCAAUUGUCCUGCCUUGUGAGUUUGGUGGUUACCCUGACCCUGAGGUUACCUGGAAAAAGGAUGGCUACUUAUUCCCUCGCAGUAGCUUACGUCAUGAUUUGUCAUUCGGAGCCAUCCAGUUUAGCCGUGUUCGUCUUGAAGACCAGGGCAUGUAUGAAUGUGUUGUUACCAAUCUGGUUGGCAGUGAUACAAAACGCAUCAACUUAACCUUACAAGUGCCUCCUGGUAUUGUUGGCCCAAGGGAAUUACGCAUGGAGGUUUUGGUGGGUGAUGAUGCUUACCUCCCCUGCGAUGCAGUAGGUCAGCCCAAACCCACGAUCUCAUGGUCAAAGGGAUUUUUCACGCAGCUGAAACGUAACCAAGUUAUAUUGGGCAAUGGGACCUUGCUUGUGCGAAGAGUAACCAGGAAAGACAGUGGUGUUUACCGUUGUAUUGCAGCAAACUCAGUUGAUCUUGCAUAUCGCAUUGUAAGACUCAGAACUCUAAUAAAACCCACCAUUGUCGAUGGACAAAGGGAUUAUAAUGCCCAGCUUGGAGACAGAGUUGUUUUGACAUGUCGUGUGACAGCAAUUCCAAGAGCAGUGACCACCUGGAGGAAGGAUGGCCAGCUCAUAGACACCACACGGUCUCGCUACAUCAAACAUCAGAAUCGACUUGUCAUUGCCUCUGUUAGGUCUGUGGAUGCUGGAAACUACACGUGUACAGCCGUUAACCAGGCGGGCAUUGCUUCUGUCUACAGAAACUUAUCAGUGUUUGUGCCACCUGUUAUUGCGGAGAGCAGUCGAUUUGUCACAGCAUUCUUAGGUAACAUAUCGAUCAUUGUGCCAUGUGAGGUGACAGGAUACCCUACUCCAGUGAUAACAUGGCACAAAGAUGGGCAAAGACUUCGGGACGACCGCAGCAAAAUAAUAUUUCAGGAAGGCUCUAUUAUGAUAAGGGGGAUACAGGAAAGUGAUGCAGGUGUCUAUAGAUGUGAUGCCAUUAACUUUGUUGGAAACACGUCAAGGGAGACAACUGUCAGAGUUCAAGAGGCCCCUAUAAUUAAUCUGCGACCACAGGGCCAGGAAGUAGCAGUAGGUGGCAGCAUACAGCUGUUAUGUGGGGCCAGUGGUGUGCCUUCACCUAUUAUACGCUGGGAGAAAAAUGGACAACCUGUUGAAGACAAACAGAACAUCGGUGGACGUAGUUUGUUGAUAGUUAACAGUGCCAGGAGAGAAGAUGGGGGUUUGUACACAUGUAUUGCUGAAAAUCCUGCUGGUGUAGACACUGCCUCAGCUACAGUCAUCAUGUCUGUGCCGCCCAGAGUAACAGUUCCUGAUGGUAAUGCAGUGGUCAGUAUAGCUGAGAAGGUGAUGUUGACCUGUUCGGUGGGAGGAGAUCCUCAACCAGAGAUACUCUGGACAAAAAAUGGACGUCCUGUUUUGUACAGUGACCGAAUCGUUGUGCUUAACAAUGGCUCACUUGUAAUUUACGAUGCUACGAGUUCUGAUGCUGGAGAAUACAAGUGUGUGGCAACAAAUUAUGCAGGAACUUCUACAGGUGUUGCUAUGUUGAUUGUCAAUGAACCUCCACAGUUUAAGAUUGAGCCAAAGAACACAACAGUUAGUAUGGGGGACACUAUCCUGAUGAACUGUGUGGCAGAAGGGGAACCAGAGCCUCUCAUUGAGUGGCAGAGGUCAUGGCAGGAAAAUAUUGAACCAAAUGAGCGACUUUCUAUAUUACCUAACAAUUCCCUCAGAAUUAUUGCUGCCCAGGUAUCAGAUUCAGGAAAGGUGCAGUGUAAGGCUAGUAACCGUGAAGGAAUUACUGUUGUCGAAGCAUAUAUUACUGUUGUUGUACAUGGCCGUUACUCAGAGUGGUCAGAAUGGGGUAUGUGCAGCUCUACCUGUGGAAUAGGAAUACAGUUUCGUGCUCGCACCUGCACUGACCCUGAACCUGUCAAUGGUGGUAGGAAGUGUAUUGGUUCCUCCCUUGACUCCAGGACCUGCAUAAUGGCUAGCUGUCCAGUAAAUGGCCAGUGGGGUAACUGGCAGGGCUGGACUGAGUGUAGUGCUACCUGUGGUGAAGGGGAGAGAUUCAGGUCAAGGUUCUGUGACAAUCCUUCCCCAAGAGAUGGUGGACUUAAUUGUCAGGACGAUGAUAUUCAAUAUGACGUGUGUGUGUCCCGUCCCUGUCCAUUGGAUGGUGGAUGGGGAGAGUGGUCAGGGUGGCGCCCAUGCUCUGUUACAUGUGGUGUUGGUUCUCAGGAGAGGACAAGAAGGUGUGAUAGUCCAAGUCCUGCUUACAGAGGACAACCCUGCUCUGGUGAGGCACUUGACAGGCGGCCCUGUACUGCUCGCACAUGUGAAGUGGAUGGUAACUGGGGUUUAUGGACUGUGUGGUCAGGAUGUUCCCAGUCAUGUGGGGGUGGGACCCGUACACGACAGCGUGCUUGUGAUAGCCCUGCACCACAGUAUGGAGGAAUGUACUGCUGGGGAAGAGAUCGCCAGACAGACUAUUGUAAUCCAGAAAAAUGUCCAAGGCAUGGGAACUGGAACCAGUGGGAGAGUUGGGGGGCUUGUUCUGCCAGUUGUGGAACUGGCUUGAUGAAGAGGUUCAGAACCUGUACUAACCCUCCACCAAGUCGAAAUGGCCGACCAUGUCUUGGAUCAGGGGAGACAACUAAAACUUGCAACACAAUUCCCUGUCCUGUAAAUGGUAAGUGGAGAGACUGGUCUAAUUGGUCACCAUGUUCUGUGACAUGUGGAGAGGGAUAUAGGGAAAGACAGCGACAAUGUAGCAGCCCUCGUCAUGGCGGUAGCUCCUGUCCGGGCAACACAAUACAAAGGGAUGACUGUGUUCUGCCUGUAUGCUCAAACUUUCCAUUUCGUGCGGAGGGUAACCUAGUGGGUUACAUAAACAACAUUGACCUGCCUGAUGCCACCUUGAGCGCCACCAUCACUCCCACUGACAGUGGUACCACCUUGGUGGAGGCCACACUGCACAAUGUACCUCAAUCUAUUGCUGGUCACUUGCGUCAUCUGGUUGAUAUCUUAAAUCCUGUGUUCUGGACCACUGCAUUAGAAGUAGAUGGAGCAAAGAAUGGGCUUUCACUGGCUGAUGGUCACUUUGUACGUGAGGUACAAGUGCAAUAUGUAACAGGUGAGACAUUAACAAUGUCACAAUUUGGACGAGGUGUAGACAACAAUGGGAUUCUACAAGUGGAUGUAAUGGUGAGAGGUAAUGCUCCAAAUCUGACCUCAGUGGGAGAUGUGUUUCUUCUACCCUACCAUGAACAAUACAUUCAGACUGGAUAUGAUUCCAUGUAUGCACACUCUACCCGGGUAUUUCGUGUGGAUGGAUUAACAUUGCCGUAUGCCUGGAAUCACACCAUCACCUACAGUGAAGACUUGGGCACCAUGCCCUUCUUAGUACAAGACAUGUAUGUCCGUGAUAUUUCCACCUUCUUGCCAACUCCUACUGAGGUUGAAUUCCGUAUUGCCACUAGCAUCAGUCCAGGCACUCCAAGUAACCAGUGUCCAGAUGGGUUCUAUUUAGAUACAGAUGGCCAGUUUUGUAGGGAUAUUGAUGAGUGUACUACUACCAGACCAUGCUCCAGCACCUGUCACAACUCCCCAGGGACCUAUGCCUGCUCCUGUCCAUUUGGAUAUGUACUUGAUAGGGAUGGAUCAAAUUGUCAAGACAUUAAUGAAUGUGCGAAUAACAAUGGAGACUGUUCUGUAGAUCAGGAAUGCAUUAAUACACUUGGGUCGUUUCACUGUGCCGUGUACUGCAAGAAUGGUUUCCGACGUUCACUUAAUGACCAGUCCUGUGAUGAUAUUGAUGAGUGCCAUGAGACCCCUGAGGUGUGUGGGCAUGAAUGUAAUAACAUUCUUGGCGGCUACCAGUGUUCUUGUUCCCGUGGCUUCAUGUUGGUGGAAAAUGGAAGAUGUACAGAUAUCAACGAGUGCAUACAGGGGAUAUCUGGCUGUUCCCACGACUGUAAAAAUUCAAUUGGAAGCUACAAGUGUGCAUGUCCUCCAGGGUUUAGACUACAAGAUCUUCUCACCUGUAUAGAUAUUAAUGAAUGUAGUGAGCAUAGCAGUGUAUGUAGAAGUGAUGAGAAGUGCAUUAACUCGGAGGGCAGCUUCAAAUGUGUAAUGCUUUGUGCUGACGGCUAUGAACCUUUUGCUCCUGGACAGUGUCGUGAUAUUAAUGAGUGUACAAGAGAUUUACACCAGUGUUAUGCCAACCAGAGAUGUGUAAACACAGAGGGAAGCUACCAGUGUACCUGUGAUCCAGGCUUCACAUCCAGGGGACAAGGUUAUCCUUGUAUAGAUGUGAAUGAGUGUAUUGAUCAACCUGGGGUGUGUACGUUCAGAUGUCACAAUACUUUUGGUGGAUUUGAGUGCAUCUGUCCUCCAGGACAAAUCCGAUUGGCCGACAGAAAAUCAUGUGCUGGCUUAGAGUUCAUAGAACCAAUCCAGGUGCUCUCAGUCAAUACUCCCACCAAUCAAAGGUGGCAGCCUCAAAGUGAUGGGGUGGCACCAAGGUCAGGGGUCACACCCUGUCACCAUGGUUACCACUGUUCCACCUUGUAUAGACAUGCCCUGCGACUGCGUCACAAACGUGGAGCGUGCCCGUUAGGGAUGCAUUAUAUCCCCUCUCAACACACCUGUUUAGAUGUUGACGAGUGUGCAGAGGAUCCUGGCAUAUGUCAACACAAGUGUAUAAAUACAGAAGGCAGCUUCAAAUGUGCAUGUCCUAAAGGCUACAAAGUGUCUCGUAACGCACGCAAAUGUAUAGAUAUAAACGAGUGUUCUGAAUUGAGAAUUAACUGUGGACCUGACCAGAUGUGCUUCAAUACCCGUGGCAGUCAUCAUUGUAUUGAGACACCCUGUCCCCCCAACUACAAACGUAAUCCACGUUCAGGCUAUUGUGUGUUAGAAUGCUCCCUGUCUGAUAUCCCAUGUCCCUCAGGAGCACGAUACGCCGAUGUGAUUGAGUUUAGAACAGUAGCUCUUCCAAGUGGAAUUCUAGCUUACCAAGAUUUGAUUCGACUGAUUGCAUUUGACCAAAAUGAUGUAAAACUUCCCAAGACAGACUUUACAAUUCUAAGAAAUGAUGUUAACGUAAACUUUGAAAUAAGACUCGAAGAUGGAACAGGUAUUGUGUAUCCAUUAUCUCGCCUGGAGGAGACAGAACUUUACAAAAUCACUGUACGAGCCAAAUCAUACGACAACGAACGAGAAAAUAUUCAAUAUCAGACUACAUUCAUCAUACAUAUAUCAGUGUCAGCUUUUCCAUAUUGAUAUGUCAAAAUCACUAGAUAUCAUGAUUUAUAUAAUUUUAUACUGGUAAUUAGAUUAUAUAAUGUACAUCUAUCUGUCCUGUAAGGUAUAACAUGACUUGUAAAUCACUUGGUGCCUCCAUAUAACCAGGGAGUGAGCUUCAAAAGUGUACUUAAUGUAUAUUUAAUCACACAAUUACCAAGGUCAAUUAAAUUACUUUUCAUUCUAUUGUUUUUAGUAAAAUAAGUAUCAUUGGAUGUAUUUUUUGUAACAAUUUUUUAAUCAACAACGAAGCUUGAAUUAAGCGUAUUUUUGUUUAUUAUUUGCACAGAAUGAUAUUGGCAGAUUUUAUAGACAUGCACAUGUAAAUGUAUCAUAAAGAGUAUGUAGAUUAUGUACUGCUAUUUGAUAACAAUGUUGGGAUUUUGCAAGAAAUCAUCAAAAAAUUUAUCAAUGUAAGUAUAUUAUGCCAAUACAACAUUUCAUAUCACAGCAAUGUUACCAUGAUCAACUGCUUUUAAAACAUACUUUGUUGAAAAUAAACAUAAUUUUAUUUUGUAAGAGUUCCACUUAUUAAUAAAAAAAAAAAAAGAUUAUCAAUCACAAAUUCAUUGUAUUCAGGAUGGAAAUUUUGUCAUUUGAUUCAGUAAUAAAACAUUGGUUUGAUCCACUAUGAUGAAUAAUUUCAUUGUUGUAUAUAUCCUUUCAUGUGUGAGAAGCCGGAGGUUGUAAGAAUGUGUGAAAGAUUCAUGUACGAUUACCAUAUGAUCAUCUGACAAAUGGUAGUGUAGUUUUUACUCAAGUCACAUCAGAGAAAAUAAGUUUCAGAAACAAAUAUUUGAUCAAUGAUUUCCUGUCAUAAUAAUAACCCUUCAAGCUCAAACUAUUGCUUAAUAUCCCCAUUAUAUGUAGGCGACAGAUCAUCCCAAAGAUUACAGAGGAUAUAUCAUCUUAUUGUACAAAAUACAUUUAUAUGAAGAUAAUACAUCAUUAAUGUUUUGUCAAAAUGUUUGAAAUGUUAAAUACACUUGAGAGGGUUAACCUGGUCUGAAUUUUCAUGUGUGAAGAAAGGAAAAUAAAACACGAUUAUGAACCAAC